GAGGGAGGGAGCUGAAUUUUCCAUGAGCAGCUGUCUAAACGUCAUCUCCUGUGUUGCUCGGGUUGGCGGCUCCGGCAGGAUGGAUUAACGAGGGUUUUGGGGAAAGCAGUAAAUAGCACAACCCUGCACGGGGGGCGGCUCCGAGCCCCAGCAUCCAUCUCAGCAUCUGGAAUGCAGGCGGAUGCUCCAGCAUGGUGCUGGAACCCGUGCAGAAACGGCCCCAAUGGCUCCGUCCACCUGCUCCCCAAAAUGUCACCUGGCAAUGGGAUGAAGCCCUUUCCCUGUGGGUCGCUGUAUCUGCAGCUCGGCCCCUCGUGGAGCCCCUUGCCCACGUUUGGGGCCAGCUGUCCACCUCAGGGACCCCCGAGAGCAUCGCCUCUGCCAGCUGCUCUCACCAUGCCAAGCAUUUGUGCCGACAGCUGGGGUGCAGAGCAGCCCCUACCCUGCAGCCUAGUUGUGCUCCUUGCUCUGCUCCAGACGAGGGGAUUCGUGCCUUUUCAUGAUGUUUUUUAUGUCGUUUUUCUCCCCAUCUCAUAAAACGUAGAGUUAGGAGUAUCCUUGGCCCAGCCCAGUGCCGUUCAGGGGCCUCUCCCUAGGGUUUAUGCCCUACAUUUGUGCAGCACCCUGUGUCCUUGCCGUGGGGUCACAGUGGGAGGGCUGCAUGCCUCUCUUUGCCCUCCUCACAUGUCUCAGAGGGUGCUGCUGGAUCUGGGGCAGCCGUUGAAAAUAGCACAUCAGCAUGGAACAAAAGGGGGACCGCAGCUUUGCUGGUGCUAGUGCUGGAGAAAAUGAGGUCUAACGGAGAUGUGGCCCUUCCUGGCAGCUUGCUCCAGUUCAGGAGUCACUGAGCGGAGCCGCCCGGGGACGUCACGGCUGACAAUGGGGCUGGUGCAGGAGGGACGGGGCUGGCAGUGCCCGGUUCAGCUGGGGACGGGAACGCAUCCCACACAGGGAGCGGGCUGGGAGGCUAUCUGAGCCCUCGCUAUAAAUACACCAGCAGAGUAAACACUCAGGAGAGGAAAAAAUGCUAUUUAAGCCAAUGGGUGCUGGCUGCCACGAGGUUUGAAUUGGUCAGGGGUAAAUUUAGGCUGAUGAUGAGAUGGCAGAUUGUGAUGGGCUCCCGGCUGCGGCCCCUCCAGCUCUGGCCUGGGAUCCUUUGAGGAAGGGGGUGCAGUCCAUGGUUACCUCUGCCGCUAACGAGUGCUCAAGUGCGAGGCAUUCUCUGCCCCUCUGAGCUCCCUCCUUUCCAAGGACCCCAAAACCCCCCAGUCCCAUCCACUUGGAGGCAAACAGGAACUCAAUUUGUCCUCAUUUGUGUACGUUCCCUUUCUUUCCUGUACAGGCUUUGCAUAUAUAUGAAAAAAGCUCUUAAGCGACACUGCAGUCAAACCUGAUCUGCUUUUAGAAGCCGGGUCCUUAUGUUACCCUCUCCAUCUCUGCAGGCAGGGAUUGCUCGGCAUUCUGGUGCAAACCCACGGCAAUGGCUGCACGCCUUGGGCUACAUCUGCUCAAGCUCAGGGCUGAGCACGGAGUGCAGGAGCCCGGGGCACCUGCAGCUCGUUGGGGUUCUGCUCCCGGUCACAGCCGUGUUGCUCACAGCCGCGUGUGCGUGCUGUAAGGCAGAGUGGCCACGGGGUGCUGAGCUGGGUCCCUGUGUUAGGAGGUGCCUCUGAGGAGCUGGAAGGAUGCAAAACCAUGGUCUUGGUGAGCAGAGAAGGGACAGCAUUGGAGUGGGCUUAGAGAGGGAUGGGGAGAGCGGUGAGCCAUGCUGUCAUUGAAACCAGAGCCCAGAGGACCCGGCAGAACUCAGGGUGAUGUUGGGGGCCUUGGGGAUGUGGAAUGGCCGCAGGCGCCUCCUGGGUGGACAGAGCUGGCUGUCAUGGGGGGGGGACACGUCCCCGGGUGCUGCGUGCUCCUCGCCCUUUAAUGCCUGGGAGCAGCUGGGGCCACGUGUGCUGCACCCUGGCUGGCUCCCCUGCCCUCUGCGCAGGGCUGGGGGACGAGCAGCACGCCGGCUGGGUGGCUGUCCCUGUGCUGGCUCUGCGGAGCACCCAGUGCAGGAUGAGCGUGCAGCCGGCAGGCGCAGCGUGGGGGCAGUGGCACCAUGCAGGUUUCAAGUGCCCCAUUUGCUCCAAAUCCGUGGCUUCUGACGAGAUGGAAAUGCACUUUAUCAUGUGUCUGAGCAAACCUCGUCUCUCCUACAACGACGACGUGCUGACCAAGGAUGCCGGGGAGUGUGUGAUCUGCCUGGAGGAGCUGCUGCAGGGGGACACGAUAGCCAGGCUGCCCUGCCUCUGCAUUUAUCACAAAAGCUGUAUAGAUUCCUGGUUUGAAGUGAACAGAUCUUGCCCAGAGCAUCCUUCCGAUUGACCUGCUGGGCGUGCUUGCUGACUUCUCUCUAAGGGCACCUUGCUACCUGCUGUACCUCCUCUCCCCGUCCCUCCCGCCCCGCCUGGACUUUUGGGCUGACGUUCAAUUCCUCACAGACGACAAAAACUCAAACAAAAGAAACAACCAACUGGAAACUUGAACCCAUUCGGGACAACGGCGAAUUUUUUAUUUUUUUAUUUUUAUUUUCCGCUCUUUUUUUUUUUUAAUUUAAACAUUAGGAAAAAAACAACCAACCAACCAACCGCAACACCAAACCUUGGAACAUCCAGGAGAGACAGUGUGAGAAGAGCAAAGCGACCCGCUCUCCCUGCAGCCACGAGGAGGGAUCCAGCACCGAGGGAGCCGCCGUCCUCGGCCCAACGCUGCCAUGAUGUUUGGCUUUUCUCCCCGCGUGGAGCGGCGCUGCCGGGGACAGCGGCCAAACGGAGCACGCGGCACUUCUCACCGGGCUCGCCUGGCGCCCGCGGGCUCUGCUCGGUUUUUGCACUGACUACAUGGGAAUUUCCUCCUCUCUCCCGUCUCCCUUUUGGAGAUCUCCAGCCCGGCCCUGGCAGCGCGUGAUGGGGACUCUGCCCCACGCCGGGAGCGGGGCCGCCGCUCUGCCCCAUAGCGGGGUCUGUCUUUCAAGUGUUUACAAUGAGAAAAAGAAAAA